AUGUCCCACGUGAAAUCGCCUGCAGAAUCCCAGCAAUCGCAACUCCAGCCAACCUCCAUCACCUCAGAAGCCGAGGCAGUGAGGCCUAGAACACCACGACCUUAUCAUAAAGAUGGACUCAAGGUUCGCCAGGAUUGUGGGGAUCGCGACGAUGGGGGUGGGAUCGGCGGCGGCGAUGUGGUGGAUCAACAAGGACGACAUUUCUGGGAAGAAUACGAUGAUCAUGAUGGACGACAAGAGCUUCAGCAACCAGCACAGUCCAAAGGUCAACAGCAGCAGCAACAGCAGCAGCGAGGUCAAGGCCGUAGCGGACAAGGCUCCCUAGUGCCUAGCGAAAGCGGCACAGAAGCUGAUGAUGAACGGCCGGCUUUCGUCAAGUUACUACCGAGCAGUACUUUACGACCUCGCAAAGGGCUGAAGACGGGCGAGAAGAGCGAUGAUGUGCUACUCACCCCUUCGCAGCUGGACGAUGAAGGGAGGAGACUGCCUGGAGAGGGAUACUUCAAGGCCAAAGACACAUCGGAACAAGGCAAAGGACUAUCUCGCCAGGAGACGCGAGAAGAGGAGGAGAAGUUGAUGCAGGUCCGCUUUGGCGAAUUCGUGCGAAGGACGUCUGAGGUUGCGCUUAUGGGGGUGAUUCUGGGGACUGUGCUGUGUGGGCAUGGUGUCAUGGAGACAGCUAUGCAGUGGAAGAGAGAGCUCUUAAGCCAUGUGGUGAUCAUAGUGGUAUUGAUCGUAGCAUAUCCAAUCAAGCUAUCGAUCGUGGACAACCAGGCUCAGCACAUCACAACCAAACUCUGGCAGCGCUUCCGGGUCCCGGCCAGCUUCGACCCGGCUACGGUGCUCUAUCCACCGCUUCUACCCGUCUUGGUCGCUCUGUUGGUUUCGCCCGCGAACGAGGCGGUCGUGCUGCCGAAUAUCAUUCUUGGACUGGCUUCGCUGCCGCAAAGACUGUUUCCGAGGUCGAGUCGCUUGGGGGGUUUCAAUGCGGUGCAUUGGCUCGUAUCGAUUGUGCCGCUCGUACUCUCGCAGCACAGCGCGCUUCUGUCAUUCAGCCGAUCGCCCCUGAAGCCGUACAUGCUUAAGAGUGGCCCACCUUCUGGUCUGACGCCCGAGACACUAGUCUCACUGUAUCCGCUACAUCACGCUCUACUAGUGCCUCUGCACUACCUGACGACUACGAGUUUACUGAUCUCGGAACUGCAUCUGUGCUCUGUUGCUCUGAUCAACCUUCUUCUACUCGCGACCUCACCGCAGAUGAUGAUUCUCAAAGCUUGUUUAUGGAUCGGCGGCGUGGCGCUCUUCGUGCUUUGCGGACCAGUACUGCACUGGAGUGUCACGCUGGCUCGCGUACCCCGCUGGAAGCUCAGGCGAUCAGGACAUACGGCGGAGGAACGCAAAUCGCUCAUUGAUGCAGUAUCUGAGCUUAUCAACCUCCAGCGAGCCACGGCGGCAUUCAGAGGCACCGAAGCUGUGGAUAGUGACGCAGAUGAGGACGAGCCUACAGUCUCAAUUAAGGAGAAGAUCCAUGGUGUACCAAAACUCUUUACGAAGCUACGGAGGACGUCUUUCGGAUCACCCCUUUUCGCGCCGCAGUCUGCUGUAGAGCCACGACAGAUCGAGGUCAAUGGCUUCGCGGUCGAUGGCGCGGCUGCGCAUCCACGAGCAAGACGCAAUACUCUACCUGAACACAGCUUAGUCUCGCCACAGCUGCAGCAACGGGCGCCGAGUAGCAGGCGCAGACCCAAGGCCAAGCUACUGUGGUGUUUGCAGCUUACGCCACGGCAGGCAGAACGCUGGAAGUGGUUGUAUGCUGCAUACAUUUACUGCGCAAUCCUCCUUAUCGGUAUUGGUGGAGUCCGCGUCUAUGUCCAACGCAAAGCGCUCCACGGUGCUGAGCCUUUCGGCUGGGCACUCAGCUACCUCAUCGGCCAACUGCCUUUCGUGCGCGACAUCAUCCACCUGAUGGAUCUGCAAGCAUGGGUCCCACUACCACCACCAGCCAGCCUGACCUGGAACAAUUCGUACCUUACAAUCCCACUCGACGCCAAUCUCCUGCGCACCAUCCUCGGCCCGGCAAACACUCGCCUCGCCCUGUUCGCCUACUGGGCCGCGGUCAUCGCAUGCGGUCUACUGGCCGUCUUCACCCUGACCGCCUUUGUCGAAGUCGACACCCGCCGCAAAGUCUUCCAUGGUGUCAUGGUUGCAGUCCUACUGCCUACGGUCUUCAUCGACCCAUGCUACUGCGCUCUCGGCCUCGCCCUCGUCCUAGCAGUCUUCUUGCUUCUUGAAGCUAUUCGAGCUGGACAGGUACCACCUUUAGGCGUCGCAAUAGGACGAUUUGUGGCGCCUUAUGUAGAUGGUAGAGAUCUUAGGGGUCCGGUUGUCAUCAGUCACAUUUUCUUGCUUAUUGGGUGUGCGGUCCCGUUGUGGUUCUCGCUUGCUUCGAUACAGAGAGAAGGCGAUUAUCCCUGGAUCGACUGGGAAUUGCAAAGUAAUAAACGAGAAGGUGCAAUGAUUGCCGGCGUUAUUUGCGUAGGCAUGGGUGACGCAGCCGCUAGUCUUAUAGGUCGCCGGUACGGCCGACAUAAAUGGAUUUGGGUGGGUGGCAAGAGUUUGGAGGGUAGUGCGGCGUUUGUUGUCGCGGUCACGAUUGGGCUUUUGGCUGGCAAGGUCUGGCAGGUUCUUGGUGGAUGGAAUGAUACUGUCAAGCCUCUACAUGCGCAUACUGGUAGUUUGGGCAGUGCAGCGUGUGUGCUUGCUUGGAUGGUCAGCGCCCUGAAAGCUGGAUUCUGUGCUUGUGGAGCGAGUUUCAUGGAGGCUGUGUUGACCGGAGCGAACGAUAAUGUGGUCGUGCCUGUUGCGCUUUGGCUACUUGUCAAAGGGUCGAGGUUUUAG